AUGCCCCGCUCGCCCUCGCCCGCUCCGUGGGGCGAUUCCCUCCGCCCGAAAGCGAAAGACAGGGACGACAAAGCUGCAGGCUAUCGGACGGACGACGAGCGAGCUGGAAGCUCAUCUCGGCGUCCUCGCGACGACCGCGAUAGGGAGAAGAAAAGGAGUAGGCGCAGAGAGGACGGUGAGGUCUCGGAAGAGGACGAGAGGAGUAGAGAGCGAAGAAGGGAGCGACGAAGGGAAAAGGAGCGGGGUUGGGAGCGGUCAAGGGGGGAUGAGAGGGAAAGGAAGGACAUGAAAGAGAAGCGUCGCAAGGAAUCUCGCUCGCCAUCUCCUGGUCGCUCGAGACGGAAAGCUGCCAAAGCCGAGGCGAAACUCUCCUCCAAACGGGACCAAGAAGCAGACCAGGCCCGCGAAGUAGCCGAGCUGUCCCUAUACACUGGCGCCGACAACCCCUUCCACGAUGUCAACAUCGGCGAGCGCUUUGUCUGGAAGAAGAAGGAAGACAAGGAGAAGAAGGCAGGGAUGUCGGCGGAUGAGAUUGCGCGUAAAGAUCACCGACGGCGCUUGGAAGCAAAGGAGGAGCUGGAGAAGCUCAACAAGAGGCGGGCGGACAGGGAAGUGGAGAUGCAACUGAGAGAGCAGGAGGAUUCGCGUAUGGCGAGACUGGCGGAGGAUGGUCAGAUGAGGGAGUGGAUCGCCCGGGAGGAUGACUUCCAGCUGGAACAAAGUCGGCGGCGGGCGGGCAUUAGGUUGAGGGAGCAGCGGGCCAAAGCGAUUGACUUUUUGGCGAUCAAUUUGCGCUUUGCGGAUGCGCGGGCGCUAGGCAAGCAUACUGCUGCGAUUGGCGCGCUGUCCAAUCCGCGCAAGUAUGAGGCGGAGCGGGAGGAAGAGGCGGAAGGGUGGGGAUGGGCAGAUGCGGGGUUUGAGUUUGAGAUAGAUGAGCCGUGGAAGAUCUUCGAUAACCUCAAUCUAGAAGACUGCGUUGAACUCGAGGAGGAUAUCAAGAUGUACCUCUCGCUCGAAAAGUCGCCGAUCAACAUUGAGUUCUGGGAGGGCAUGCUCGUCGUAUGCGAGCAUCACCUGCAGGAUCUCAAUGAUCCAGAGCAUGCGGAGGGUGGAAGGCUGUUCAAUAGGGACGUGGACGUUGCGGCGGGCAGGGUGGUCAGUGGUCUGAGCUACAGUCGGCUGGUCGAGCUUGAGGCCAAGACGAACGCGAUGUUGCGGAGUGGACAGCCGGUGGAUGGGGAGUUUUGGGAUCUGGUACUGCGCAAGAUCCAUGUUGAGAAGGCUAUCGCCAAGCUCAACUCCAUCCACGAAGUCGUCCUCAAGAAUCGUCUCGAGCAAUUCAAAAAGCGCCAGCGGGACGACGCGAUGAAGGCGAACGAAAGCGGACACAGGGCCGUUGCAAAGGAGGUUACUUUCGGAGGUGAUAUGCAGGCGGAUGCCGGAGAGUACGAUGAUGCGGCGGGCGACGCGGACGACGAGGUUGACGAGGACGACUGGGUGGAGGAGUACGAUCCGGAGAUGAGCCCUCCGCCAGCUGAGGUGAGGGAUAUGACGCUCGAUGAUAGGCGUUUACCCAUCGUCGAGGAGGAAGAUCAUAUUCGGGCCAUCUACGCAGCUCGUCGAGCUCUCGUAGCAGCCAACAAGCCGACCGCCGGCUCCUCCAACGAAGCCCAAAUGCACACCACGAAAUCCGUCUCUCGCCCCUCCGCAGCGGAUAUCGAAGCGGAGCGCCUGGUCAGGUCCGAGGUCCAGAAUGAAGACCACCUGCAUACGGACGAGUCUGAGGCGGAGUUUGGAGAUCUCGACGAUGCGCUCGACCUGGACAAGCCGGUCGUUCCCCUCGAUUGGUCGGAUCGGUAUCGGCCGAGAAAGCCUCGGUACUUCAACCGGGUUCUCACCGGGUUUGAGUGGAAUAGAUACAACCAGACGCAUUACGAUCACGACAACCCACCGCCCAAGACCGUUCAAGGGUACAAGUUUAACAUCUUCUACCCGGACUUGAUCGACAAGAGUCAAGCCCCCACCUACUACACCAAGCGAAUCCCAGACGAUAACGACACCUGCAUGAUCGUCUUUACAGCCGGACCACCCUACGAGGAUAUCGCAUUCAGAAUCGUCCGUAGACCUUGGCAAUACAGUCAUCGACUCGGGUUCAGGAGCAUGUUUGAUCGGGGAGUGUUGCAGCUGUAUUUCAACUUUGGGCGCGAUUUCUACAGGAAGUAA